UACCUCUGCGUCCUCGCGUUCUCUCCGCCCGGGGCACCUGUGUUGGGAAAUAUGUAAGCCACCACACAAUCACGGCCUCAGACCUGCAACACACUAUUGGCUCACGGGAGAGUUUUACCUGCGUGUGGGAGUGCCCACCGUCAGCUUUCCCUUCCUCUUCUUCGUCUCGGGACAGUCCGGCGAACAAUCCAAGUGGGAAUUGAAUCAGCAUUCCCAGGACUCCUAUCAUGGAGCCGAUCACUUCGUGGAGCUCAGAGAGAGUGAGCGAGUGGCUCAAAGGUCUGGAGGCCCCCCUGCAGCAGUACCCGUUCUCUGAGUGGCAUCUGUCGGGGAUUGACCUGCUGCAGUUGACCUCCCAGGAGCUGGAGACACUCGGGGUCACCAAGAUCGGACACCAGGAGCUCAUCCUAGAGGCCGUGGAGAAGCUCUGCGCACUGAUUUACGGCCUGGGAGGAGAGAGUCUGCGCAGCCUGACGGAGAAGCUGCGUGGCGUAGCGCACCACCUGCAGAUGAACAUCCAGAGUCGCUGGAGCCUGCGCUCCUACAACAGCCACAGCGCCUCCAAGCUGCCCGCGAGGGAACUGCAGGAGGUGCUGGACCUCAUCACCACAGCCAAGGGCCUCUUCUCCCUGCUCAACAGGUACCAGUUCUCCCAGCUCUGCGGAUUCACUGCCAGCAAGAACAUCAUCACGCUAUGCAGGGACCUGGGCACCACUGUGCAAAAGGACAUCACUAUCUAUGAGAAGGAGAAGGACAUCAUCUCCAUAUGUCGGCAGCUGGUGGCGGUGUGUGACGAGAUCCUGACCGGCAGCCCCGACACCCUGCUCUCACACACGACCCGGCUCGAGAGUGUGGACCUGGUGCCCUCUGACCCAGGAGACCAACUGGGAGUAGAGAUCAUCUCCACUGGCUCCAGUAAUCAUUAUGUCACAGGCUCAGUAGCAAAGUCUGCUGCUGAGUUCUGUGAGAAGAUCCUGGCUGGAGAUGAGGUGGUGCAGGUGAACGACCAGAUCGUGGUGGGCUGGAGUCGAGGGAACCUGCUGAAGAAACUUCAGGAGAACCCCAAAGGAGUCACACUCGUCUUAAAGAAGGUUCCGGUCUCCAUAAAACGCAAAGAGAAGCCUCCAGAGGCUGAACCUGAGGAGGAGGAAGACGAGGAGAGGAGACACUCCAUCUUUGAGCGAGUCGCCGCCUCAGUCAGGUCGCUGUCCUUCAGGUCUGCCGUCAGUGGGCCUGAGGCCCGGCAGCUGAUGGGUCAAGAGGAGCCGGAGUUCCCUAGCGACAGCGGUGUGGACGACAGAGGAACUAACACUUCACACCUCAACCACAGGGGUGCAGAGAGUGAGGAGCUGGAUCGGUCUAGGUCAAGCUUAGGACUGGAGCUAGAGGUGCCAGUGGGCCGCAGGUCCCCCUCACCCUGCCCUUCACCAAGGGCUCUGGAGCUGGCACGAAGCAGCGUCAGCUCCUGCCCCGAGAUGGGAGGACACAGGGAAGAAACCAAGAAGAGCUCUACAAAAGGUAAGACCACGGCGAUGAGUCGACGGCGAGUGUCGUGCCGGGAGCUGGGUCGCCCCGACUGCGACGGCUGGCUGUGGAAGAAGCGCAAGGAGACGAGCAUGUUCAUGACCCAGAAGUGGCAGCGGUUCUGGUUCGUGCUCAAGGGAACCACACUCUACUGGUACAACAGCCAACAGGAAGAGAAAGCAGAAGGCCUGGUCCAGAUUGGCAGCUACAGUAUUGAAAGUGCUGGAGAACACAAGAGGAAGUAUGUCUUCAAAAUGUGCCACCAGCGUUUCCACAAUUUCUUCUUCGCCGCAGACAACGUGAACGAGAUGAGCAAGUGGAUCAACAGUCUGAUCACCGCUAUCCAGAAAUACAAGAAGCUCCGCAAGGACCCGCCAGACAGCGAAGAAGAGUGCUACAGUGAGACGGAAUCUGAGGACGAGGGCUCUGGGUCACCGCUAUCUCACAAGAAAAAACAUUACACAACUCAGUCGAACACUUUGCCCCGCACCAAGGCCAGGAAGAACAGGACCUCCACGGAAGGAACAGUCCCUGCCACCGGGGGCAGCAAAGGAGGAGGUGAAGAUGAGAUGGGCGUUCUUUUCCAUCAACUGAAAGAGGGGGGAGUCUCACUGAUAGGCCAGGCCCAGCCGCUCACGCAUGAUCACUUCCGCAAGUCCUUCAUCCGACGCAACAAGAACCCCGUCAUCAACGAGAAGGCUCACCACCUACGCACACUACACAGCACCCUCAAGGCGAAGGAGGCGGAGCUGCAGCUCCUCAACAAGAUUCUGGACGACUCGGACCUGACGGUGGAGAAGUUCCGAGAGUGGAAGCAGUGCAACGAGGAUCUCGUCCUUGAGAUCGACCGGCUAGCGGCCGAGAAGGAGAAAGAGAAAGAGCACGCCACGGGGCCGCCGGACGAGACAGCGGAGGGGUCAGAACCCCAAGGUGACCGCAGCGAGGUGGAGACGCCGGGUGGCGACAGCGUCGGCGUUAGCGAUGGUCAUGGAGGAGCGUUCGGACUGCGCCUGAGCCUCGGAGAAGACCUGGUGGACGCGGAGCUGCCUGAGGUGUUGGACACGACAACAACGACCACGGUCUCGGACAUCUCCCAGAUGGAGCUGUCCGGCGACCCUCUUAAUCUGAGCUCGGCCAGCGCCUCCGACAACUACUUCUACAUCUGAUGACCACCAGAAACGUCUCCGUAAAACUGUAACACUUCUAGAUCUGACGACCGCAAGAAACGUCCCUGUAAAAACUAAAAAAGCGUCCCUGUGAUACUUCUGAGGGCCGCUGGAAGCGUCCUUGUAAAACUAAGAUGGUCUCCAUGAGUGGUCGAGGUGUGCAUACCUGUAAAACUGCAACUGGUGCGCUACAACUGAGAUUGUUCCCACGAGGGCUAGAGGUGCCUCUGCAUAUCCACGAGGAAAUCUUCCCACAAUCCCACGUUUUCAAAUGUCCUCAUAAGGCCUCUUUUGAAUCAGAGGACGGCGCAAACGCCCAUGAAAAAACGGGCACGACUGCCCUCAGGAAACCCGGGGGCCUGAGUCUGGGCAGCACGACUGUCCUCAGAUGACUGUCUUCUCCCAAUAGGAACAGCACAUGGGGUCCUAAUGGCCCUCAGUGGACUCCCAGCAUUGUCAUGGUCACUUUAGGAGACUGAGGUGGCUGGACAUAUCCACCAUUGCUCUUGGUUGUAAAUGUCUUAACUAAAAAUCCCAAUGUGGCUGUAAUAAUGAAUUAAUGAGCCAAAAAAAAAAGCUUGUCCUAUUCCCCCUCUCCUCUCCCCUCCCCAAGAUGUUGAGAAAUUAUUUUAAGAAAAUGUUUAUAUUGUUUUAUCUCUGUGCAUCUUUAAAUGUAAUAUAACAAAAAUCAA